GUUACGACUACUUAUGAACAUGAAAACGGCUGUAAUUCUCCUGUUUUUGGCUCUAGCCACAAUUUUUGCUUUAGUUUGUGUUUUGCUGACUAAAAAGGAGAAGGUUACUACUUGCUCCGAGCUACCGAGUUUCCCUGAGGAUAUAAAUGGUGACAAGAGCAGCAUAUUUGCUGACUUGACAGCAGAGGAAAUGACUCAAGUGGUAACAUACCUCAAGGACAAUCUUGGCGUCCAUCUACAAGAUGCUCUUCGUGCAGAACCAGCAGAUAACUGCAUUUACUACCUGGAUGUGUACCUCCCUGUGAAAGCAGAUGCGUUGGGUUUCCUGGACCACAGAAGAGCUCGGCCUCCUCGGCAAGCAUUGGCUGUGGUUUUCUUUGGUGGCCAGCCAGAUCCAAAUGUUACAGAAUUCCUGGUAGGUCCACUCCCAAAUCCUACAUACCAUCGAGACAUUACGCUCAGGAAGUUUGGCAGAGAAGUGCCGUACCACAGCAGACCAGUGACUGAGAAGGAAUACCGGGACAUUGAUUUGUUUAUUUUCCAUGAGCUCUCCAAGGCCCCUGCCUUCCUCAAGGACUGCUGCGAGUACCCUGAGACUCACUUGGCUACUCUGACCACAGCCCCCCGAGGUCUUGAGUCUGGAGACAGAGCUACUUGGUUUGUCCUUUUUCAGAAUGUCUUUGGCAGCGGCUAUUUCAUCCACCCUGUCGGUCUGGAGAUCCUGGUGGAUCACAGCAGUUUGAACCGCUCCCAGUGGGAAGUGAAGAAUGUGUUCUACAAUGGCCAGUAUUACCAGGCCCUUGAACAACUGGAAAAGGACUACAAGGACAAUCUCGUAAAGGAGAUCAGAGUCAAGAGGGUCCAGCUGGAGGAUGAUUUUGCAUCUCUGAAGCCGCCGCCACCCCCGCCUCUUGCACCUGCAGGCCCUGUGCAGUUUGAACCCCAAGGGAAACGCUACAGUGUCACGGGCAGCCACGUUGUCUAUAAAUCAUGGAGCUUUGCCUUUGGGAUGAAUGUGAACACUGGGCCACGUCUCUUUGACAUCCGGUUUGGCAAGGAGAGAAUUGUCUAUGAGCUGAGUCUGCAGGAAGCCAUGGCCAUGUAUGGAUCUGACUGUCCGGGGGGGAUGACAACCAGAUACAUGGAUGGUAGCCUUGGCAUUGGGAAGUUUUCUUUUGAACUUGUGCGGGGUGUGGACUGCCCCUAUACGGCCACCUAUGUGGACCGACACUACUUGAUAGAUUCUGAUACCCCCAAACUAAACAAGAACUCUUUCUGUAUCUUUGAGCAUGACAUGGGGGUGCCUCUACGCCGUCAUUUCUCCAACAUUGGCUCUUAUUAUUAUGGGGGACUAGCCAAAUAUGCGCUGGUCUUAAGGGCUGUUUCCACCCUUAUCAACUAUGAUUAUGUCUGGGAUUUUGUUUUCUACCAGAAUGGUGCCAUAGAAGUCAAGGUCCAUGCCACGGGAUACAUCAGCUCCUCCUUCUUCACUGGCAAAGGAAAGGCAUACGGGAACAGGGUUGGGGAGCACACGCUUGGGACCAUGCACACUCAUCUCAUGAACUACAAAGUAGACUUGGACAUUGAAGGGACCAAGAACUCCUUGGUGGCUCUUGAUAUGGCAUUUGAGACAGUGCAGGUACCCUGGAGCCCAGAGCACCAGAUCCAGCGGCCAGUGCUCACAAGACAGGUCCUAAAUAAGGAGGAAGAAGCUGCCUUCCCGCUUGAUGGCAAAGUCCCACGGUAUCUGCACUUCACCUCAAGCCAGGAGAACCAGUGGGGUCAUCAGCGUAGUUACCGCAUCCAGACGGUCAGCUUUGCAGGCGAACACUUGCCUGAAACAAGCACUAUGGAGAAGUCGGUCAGCUGGGGCAGGUACAAGUUGGCUGUCACCAAGCGGAAAGAGGAGGAGCCGACCAGCACUUGCAUCUAUAACCAGAAUGACCCUUGGGAUCCCUUGGUGGCCUUUGCCAACUUCAUAGACAACGAGACCAUCACCAACGAGGAUCUUGUGGCUUGGAUCUCCCUUGGCUUCUUGCAUGUGCCUCACGCAGAGGACAUUCCCACCACAGUGACUGUGGGUAACGGGGUGGGCUUUUUCCUUCGGCCUUACAACUACUUUGACAUCGACCCCUCAGUCAAGUCCCUGGAUAGCGUCUACUUCACCGCGAGCCAAGAUGCUGACAAGUGUGACCUCAACCGGGCUGCUUGCGUGCCAAAAACUGCCUCCUGUUCUCCAAGUCUUCCAAGUUUUGUUUUCACAGGCUUCCAGAACCAGACAGGCCCCUGAUCUGAGGGAGUCUCUGCACUAGCCAAAGCAUGCCUGUUUAGCUAAUUGAAGAUACCCCUGAGCUCAAGCUGGGCCAGACCUGCACCCUCCUGCAAAGUGACUCAUUUGCCCCUUCCCUGCUGCUGCUGCCCCUUCUGUGUUCUCAGCUGGAAGCAAAAAGGUUCCACCUUCACCUGUGGGAUCCCAUGCAAUCGCUUUGAUGUGACAAGCAUCACAUAGGUAAACCACACUGUGAUGAAUCUCUGGUUACUAUAAAUGUUCAGGCCUGUAUGGAGGGUGUGUUUCGUGGAAAACAUUAUGAAUGUGGAGGAGGUGAUGAUGCUCUCCAGGCAUAUUGGAGAAAGGCUGGAAUUGGUUUUCCACACACCUAAAGCUAGAUCUCUGCUGGUCUCUCCUCACUUCCACCUUUGCUUUCCAUUCAUUGGGAGGCUGUGGUUGCAUCCAGAGUCCCUUCUUUUGCUGGUUUCCUGCUGGGCAGCUGCUGUCCUGUAGGGCACAGUGACUCCCUGAUAAUGUGGCAGGUGUUGGAAUACUUGAGACUGUAUAUGCCAUUGCCCAAAGUUGCACACUCCUUGUGCACCACAAGGGAAUAUGAGAUAUGAAUCACUCCUUUUUGGGGGUGGGGCAAAGAGGAAAUGACAACAACAGUUCAGAACCUUGUACUGGAACAAAAGGGAGUCAGGAGGCUCCUUCUUUGUGACAGAGCUUUCAUGGACCAGAGUGGACUUCAGCACAUGCUGCACGCGCUCUGUCCUCAGUUGGCAUCCACAGACAUAUUGAUGCAGCCUCUGAGGAUGGGAGCUUUGGUCCACGAAUGCUUUUGCCAAGCCAUUCCAUUGCGCCAUGGUGCCACAAUAAAUACAUCCUGUUGUUU